UGGAGGAGAACUGGCCCAAUUGUUUACACAUCCAUCUAAAGGGCCCGAGGAAGCCCACGCUGCCCAAGAGCCCAACGGCGGCGCGUCGUCGACACCGGUCAUCCUCAGCUGAUAAACCCAGCCAGCACCGACGGCGUUUCGGCCGAUGGAGCCACCUCCCCUCGAAUGAGGCGUUCCGCUACUUCCGUCCGGUCCCUAUCAGCAGCCGCCAGCUCCGAAGCCGCGAAAACCAUGAGCUUUGCUCCCAGGUACCGAGGUGGCAGUCGGAGACAGUGGCAGAGGAGCUACUCCGACCAACGAGACAAUGCUGGAAGAGGCCAGUGCGCGACCAAUGAUUCCCAUAGCCGGUCAGUGCAAGAGGCUAAUGUCACAUCACGAGAACUAGAGGGAGGCGAUCCUCUGAUUCGGACGCGGUCGCAGCCUCCCCCAUUCAGUGGAAGACAGCCUUAUAACCAAUCCUUUCGUCUUCCCUCCCCUUAUAAUCAUAAUCAGCAAUACCCACAAAGUGAAUCUCGGCCUCCAUUCAGUAGGGGACGUCCUUAUAACCACAAUCAACCAUUUCGAUUUCGUCAACUCUCGCCGCCUUAUAAUCACAACCAGCAGUUUGCUCCACCUCAGCAAUAUAAUCCAAGACUUUAUCGGCCACGGCCAAAUGUUCGAAACCCACAGUUUUCUCAGCAACCACUGCCUUAUCCAAAUCAUCCAUUUUAUCAGCCUCCACCAUAUGAUCAAAAUCCCGCUGUAGGCCCACCUCAGCAAAUCAGGCCUAGGCCUCCUCAAGCUUUAAAUUAUCGGAAUUGGAAAUUUGCAGGGACAAAGCCUCCUCCGAAUUGCAAGCGGUUUGUUGUUCUUUCGUACAACAUAUUGGCUGAUUACCUUGCUCUAAACCAUAGGAGCAAACUUUACUACCAUAUACCUCGUUACAUGUUGGACUGGGACUGGCGAAAGAGAAACAUCAUCUUCGAGCUUGGACUGUGGUCUGCUGACAUAAUGUGCUUUCAGGAAGUUGAUAGAUUUCAGGACCUGGAGGAGGAGUUAAAGUUCCGGGGUUAUUGUGGCAUUUGGAAGAUGCGGACUGGUGAUCCAGUUGAUGGGUGUGCAAUAUUUUGGCGUACUUCAAGGUUCAAGCUGCUUCAUGAGGAAUUCAUUGAAUUCAGUAAGCUUGGACUACGGGAUAAUGUUGCUCAGAUAUGUGUGCUUGAGCUUGUGAGUGAAGAUAGCUCCGAGGAUGUUGGUAACGCCCCAAUAAGCUCAACAGGUUCUAAUAAAAUUGUAGUUUGCAACAUCCAUGUGCUUUACAAUCCUAAAAGAGGGGAAAUCAAGCUUGGCCAGAUUAGGGUUCUCUUGGAUAGCGCUCAUGUUGUAUCAAAAAGCUGGGAUAAUUCACCGAUUGUUCUUUGUGGAGAUUUUAAUUGCACUCCGAAGAGCCCAUUGUACAACUUCAUCUCAGAACAGAAGUUAGAUUUAUCUGGGAUAGAUAGAGAUAAAGUAUCUGGACAGGCAUCAGCAGAAAUACGUGAAACGAAGCCAAAUUUUCACAAUAAUCGGGAAUUAUCAACUGAUAGGACAAUUCAAGAUCCGCUGAAUGUGGAGAGCUUGGAUGAGCAUAAACAUAGUUCCCCCGAUGUUGAAGAUAUUCUCAUUAAGGAUGACUUAUCUCCACAGCAAUCUUGCACCAAUGGGCAAGUUCAAGAUACUUCCGACCAUGAAGAAGCAAACCAUGAGGCGACAAAAAAUGAUACACUGAUUUCAGUGGAUGUUACUUCAGAUGAGAAUAUUUCCUCUUCUCUUGCCUCGUACGAUAACACCGUGGAGAGUUCAAGCUCACUUGGAGGAAGAGACUUUCCAGAGGAUAUGGGCAUAGUGGAUAAAGUCGAAAAGAAAUCCUCAGAGCAUUGCUCUGUUUUAGCUGACGAAAUGGAGCGGACAGCCAUUGAAGCAAAUGACACCAUUAUAUCUAUUUCUGUGACGGCUGUAGACUCAUCAUUCAACCCAAGUGCUAAUGAUGAGGACUCUGCUGCUGAGUCGCUGGAUGAGCAACUGAAGGUGUUGUCUCUGAACGAGGUAGAUGAGCCAAAUGUGGAAGGUGGUGGAAGUUCAUGUGAGGAUGAUACUGCUUUUUUGGCAGCGCUACAUGAAGGAGAGGAUUCCCCACAGCUUGGGUCUCCAUCAGGGUUAGAAUUUGAGCCUGUUGAAGAGGGAAGAACUUCAUAUGAUCCGUCAGUUUGGACUCCGACGGAAAUAGCUACUGCGACCGGCAGUGGGGAUUGCCUUGUUUUGGAGCAUAAGCUCAAACUCAAAAGCACGUACACUGAGGUUGAGGAUCUUUCGAGGACAAGAAAUGACAUUGGGGAGCCACUUGUGACCAGUUACAACAGUCGGUUUAUGGGCACUGUUGAUUACAUAUGGCGUUCGGAAGGUCUUCAGACUAUUAAAGUGCUUGCUCCGAUACCAAAACAGGCGAUGCAGUGGACACAGGGGUUCCCAACUAAGAAAUGGGGUAGCGAUCAUAUAGCUCUGGUCUCUGAAUUGACCCUUACGGGGGGUAAUGUUUCUGAUCAAGAAGCCCAAUGCGGUGACACUCCCUAGCUUUGGCACUUGCCAUCCGUGAUGGACAAAGCAAAGAACUCCGAAUCCUACCACUCCAUUAUGCUGUCCUUGUGCGCCUCAUCUUGUUCUUAUGUUCGAUUAUCGUGGUUCUGUUUCCCAAUUUUGGCCAAGUGUGUACUCCAUUUAGCAUUGGAAAUAAAACUCACCUGUCGAUCCUUUCGAGUAGAAAUGAACUAUUUUGUUCUUGAGAAUCAAUAGAAUCCUGCCAUGCAGAAGUUUUUUAUCCACAGCAUUUCGCUUACCAAUCAGUAGUAUAUAUGGAGGCAUCCUGAAAACUGUUGGGUUCCGAGCAAAUUCGGAGCUGGUUUCACGAAUUUUAGGCUUUUCCCUUUCUUUCCUGAUGCGACUGCUCUCGUAAAACACUGGUCGUGAUAUACAAUUGUCUCUUAUUAGCA